AUGUUACUUUUGAUUCUAAAGAAUUUGAACAAUAUUGAUGUCCUUUAUUCUUUGUUUGGUAUUAACAAUGAACGAUUAAAUCUUCUCGUUCAAGAAAAUAUUUUCACCAACAGUCUGAAUUUUUCAUCAAUUAAUGAUAUUUGUUUAAUCGAUCGAUUUUAUAACGAUAUCUUACCCAAAAUUCAUCACCAUGUGAAAUCUUUGGCGUUUAAUCCAUUAUCAAUGCAACGUAUCUUAGUUCUUGCAGAUUAUCCCAAUUUAAAUCAACUGAAAAUNUAA